GCGGGUUUCCCUUUAAGGCCGGGUGCGAUGCUGCGUGGGCCGCGCUCUGAGCGCCCCGGUGGGUAGAGUGCAGUCGAGCUCAGAUGCCGGCCGUGGAUGUUUUAGGACUCAAUGACCUUUGAGGAUGUGGCUGUGAACUUCACCCAGGAAGAGUGGACUUUGCUACAUCCUUCUCAGAAGAACCUGUACAUUAAUGUAAUGCUAGAAAUCUGCAGCAAUCUUGCUUCUGUAGGAAUCAAAUCAGAGUACCAGACCAUUGAAGACCAGUAUAAGCAACCUGAGAUAAAUCUAAGGAACAUUAUAUCUCAGUCGAGAUACAGAGGACAUGAGCUUGAGGAAUACAGAAAGAAGCAAUAUCACUCCAGCUCUCGCACAUCUAUUCACACAUAUGUGGGAACCCACACUGUGCUUGGAGCUUAUGAAUAUGAGACAUAUUCAGAAUCCUUUGUUUCCCAAGCUCAUGUGGAAUACAUAAGCAAAUACACAGUGGAGAACAACCCCAUGAGUACAAUAUACGUAAAACAGCCUUUAUUUGUCCCAGCUCACUUUGCAAACAUGGAGGAACUCACACCGAAGAAAACUCUUCAGAAUGUAAACCAUGUGGUACAACUCCGAGUUCUUUGAGUUACCUGCCAUUUCACAGUGGAACUCCUAAUGGAAAAAAAGAUUUUGACUGUAUACAGUGUAUUAAAGCUUCAGAAUGUCACAAUUCCCUUCAAAGACCUGGAAUAAUUCAUGCUGGGGCAAAAACACAUGAAUGUAAACAGUGUGGUAAAUCAUUCAUUUAUCGCUAUUUACUUAAAAUGCAUGAAAGGUAUCAUACAGAAGGGAAGCCUUAUAAAUGUAAGAUAUGCAGUAAAGCGUUUCUUUCUUCUUCUUUCCUACAAAGACACAAAAGAACUCAUACAGGAGAAAACCCCUAUAAAUGUAAGCAAUGUGCUAAGCCUUUUAGAGUUUUCAGUAAUCUUUGAAUACAUGAAAGAACUCAUACAGGAGAAAUACCCUAUGAAUGUAAACAAUGUGGUAAAGCUCUGCGAAGCCACAGUUCCCUUCAAAGACAUAAAAUAGCUCAUGCUGGGAAGAAACCCUAUGAGUGUAAACAGUGUGGCAAGUCCUUCAUUUAUCCCUAUUUACUUCAAACCCAUGAAAGAUCUCAUACUGGAGAGAAACCCUAUAAAUGUAAUUUAUGCAGUAAAGCCUUUAGCUGUUCUUCUUUCCUGCAAAGGCAUGAAAGAAUUCAUACUGAGGGAAAACCCUAUGAGUAUAAGCAGUGUGGCAAAGCUUUCAGAGGUCAUAGUUCCCUUCGAUUACAUGCAAGGUCUCACAGUGGGGAGAAACCAUAUAAAUGUAGUAUAUGUAGCAAAGCCUUCCUGUGCCCCUCUUUCCUUCGAAGACAUGAAAGAACUCACACUGGGGAAAAGCCCUACAAAUGCAAAAAUUGCAGCAAAACCUUCAGAGGUCAUAGUGCUCUUCAGUUACAUGAACGAUCUCAUAUUGGAAAGAAACCCUAUAAAUGUAAGAUCUGUAGUAAGGCCUUCCUAUGUCCCUCUUUCCUUCAAAGACAUGAAAGGAUUCACUAUGAAGAAAAGCCCUAUGCAUGUAAACAGUAUGGUAAAGACUUUAAAGAUCCACGUUCCUGUCAAAGACAUAAAGUUUCUCAUGU